AUGAAAGUUAGUAUAUUAUUUGUUUUAAUAAUAUUUUUAUUAUUUAGUUCAUUGUUUACAUUUUCAUUAUGUAAACAUGAUGAUAAUGAUGAUUAUGAUAUCAAAGUAAAUACAAAAGUAAAAGAUCAAGGUGAUGAAAUUACUGUUAAAGUAAUAAUUAAAAAUAAUCAUGAUCAUGACCAUGAACAUCAACCUAAUAAAGAAUUAGAUGAUAUUCAAGAUGAUAAAGCAAAUAGAUGCAAAGGUUUUAAUAUUAAUAAUAAUAGUAGUGAUAUUGAUGGUAGUGGUGGCGAUAUAUCAAAUGAUAGCAAUGGUGAUAAUGAAAAUAAUGAAGAAAAUGCUAAAUCACUUCAUAAUCAAAGUCACCAUCAUCGCCAUUAUGGCCGUGAUAUCUGUGGUUGUAAAUUUGGUAGAUAUGGUAAAGAUUGUAGAAAAAGAGAACUUGAAUAUCAAAAUUCAUUUAUUCAAUGCAUUUGGGAAGUUGAAACAUUAUUAAGUAGUAAUGAUUAUCAACUUCCAAAUUGGGUUGGUAGUAUUUCAUCAGGAUCGUCUCAUAGUUUUGGAUAUAUUCAACAAUCAAAUCAAACAACACCACUCACUGACGAAACAUCAACAUGUGAUGAAUUACCAACACCAACACCAACCACACCAACUUCAUCGUGCAAUGCAAAUGUAACACAAACUAUUACAAGUUCAUGGAGAGAAAAUAAUCAAGAUUAUAUUCAAGUAGAAACAAUAAUUACAAAUAUUGGCCAAUCAAUGAUUCAAUCAUAUACAUUCGAAUUAAAUGAUAUUCAAAGUAUUUGGGAAGUUCAAAAAUUAUCAAAUACAUUCACACUACCAAAUUGGAAAAACAGUAUCGAAGUCGGAUCAUCACACACAUUUGGAUAUAUUCAAAAAGCAUAUUCAAUUAAUCCAUUAUUAUCAGUUAACAAAGUUUGUCAAGAAUCAUCGUCAUCAUCAUCAAAUAUUACCACUGAUAAUAAACCGCCAUCAAAAUCAGGAUUAUUAUAA